AUGGCAACCCAGCCUCUUGGCAGGGGUGGCCAUCGUCUCUCGAUACCCUCGCUCGACAGGGUUCGUGGCUCGCAAAAGAGGCGCAUAAUCUAUGUUGGGGAUGAUGACCUGGUGGAUGAUUACCCCGACCACCUCCACCCGGCCAAACGGUGCAGACCCUUCGAAGGCGAUGUUCAUUUCUGCUCUGAACAACCCCGGCCAUAUCCACCCGAUCAUCAGCAAGGACCCCCGGAGUUUCUGGUCCUCCGGGAGGAGCCGCUGCGCACCGUGCCCACCGACUUCGACGUCUUGGAAAGGACUGCCUCGGGCCUCUCAAUAUCGGCUGAUACGGCCGACAGGUGUGCCUCCACGGAGCUCCUGGAGGACGAGGCAGCCGCGCAGAGGGUCAAGGACCACAUGGCGACCUUCCGCCAGCGCUUCCCCGACUCCAAGCAUGAGCGUAUCCUGAGGAGCAUCAUCAACCCCAAGCCCUAUGCCGCCGAGUACGCGAUCGACAACGAGGCCCUGGGAAGCAUAUUCUUCGCCGCGAACGAGAUCUUCUUCAACGGCCGCCUGAGCCAGCGCGUGACCUGGGACUGGUCGCACUCGUCCAGCUCCCAGUACGACAGCAGCGUCAUCGGGACCACGGCGCUGCGUAGGGCGAGCAAGAGGGGCUUCGAGACGCUCAUCGUACUGUCCUCCCCGAUCCUCCAGGACAGGAAGUACAGCCGGCGGCUCCUGGUCUCGACGUUCCUGCACGAGCUCGUUCACAGCUACCUCUUCAUCUGCUGCGGCUUCAGGGCCAGACACCACGGAGGCCACACCCCCGGUUUCCACAAGAUAGCCAAGCUCAUCGACGACUGGGCCGGCCCCGACAGCUGUCUGUAUCUCUGCAGGAUGGAGGCGGACCUCGAGAGCUUCCGGGUGAGGGGCGGCGAGGAGGGACACGACCAGGGCACGCCCGAUCCCUACCACCGCCACGUUUAUCCCUGCUCCGAGAACUCCACGGACAGCCGGCGGGUCCAACCCCGCGGCGGGCCCGGCAGGGACGAUUACGAUUACGAUUAUGAUUACGAUUAUGAUCACGGCCGGGACUUCUGGCGGACGCCGAGCCCGCCUCCUCCCUGCUGGCAACGGUGA